GGCGGACAUUGGUGCGGAAGGGCUGUGAGGCGUUCAAGAUGGCGGCGCCCUGUGGAGUGGAGCUACUCUAACAGAGGUGCCUGGAGACUGAAUUGGUUGGUGGCUCCAAGGGAGUCCUCCAGGCAGGAAGGACACCGUGUGUGAGAGAGAGACACUGCCACCAUGGCUCGGGAGCAGCCCAGCAUGGGGGAUCUGCUCCCUCUCCUGGAGACAGCCGACCUCCACCAGCUUGAAGAGAUCAAGGGCCUUAUUAAUGAGCAGCUCAGCACCGAACGAGGGUCUGUGCUGCUCAACGGGCUGGUGGAUUACUUUCUAGAAACAAACUCUCCCGAGGCCAUGCAUAUCCUCUGCUCGGUCAGAGAGCCACAUGACAAGCACCUUCUGGACAAAAUGAACGAGUGUAUGACCAAGCAGUCCUGCCGGCUGCCCACCCUCACAAUGUUAGGGCAUGUCAUCCGCAAGCAGCCUUCCUGGAUCCACAAGAUUGCUCGAUAUCCUCUUCUGCUCUCACUGCUCAAAUGCCUAAAGAUGGAUACGGACGUGGUGGUGCUGAUUACCGGCGUGUUGGUGCUGAUCACACUACUUCCCAUGAUUCCUCAAGCAGGGAAACAACACCUGUGGGAGUACUUUGACAUUUUUGGUCGCCUGGCAUCUUGGAACCUAAAGAAUCCCGGGCACAUUUCAGAGGUUUACUUGAUCCACCUUCACGCUAGCGUCUACUCUCUCUUCCACCGUCUGUAUGGCAUGUAUCCUUGCAACUUUGUGUCCUACCUGCGCUCUCACUACAGCAUGAAGGAAAACGUGGAAACCUUUGAGGAGGUGGUCAAGCCAAUGCUCGAACACGUCCGUAUCCACCCUGAAUUGGUGACGGGAACCAAGGAUUACGAGCUUGACCCAACCAGGUGGAAGAAGUAUGAAAUCCACGAUAUUGUCAUUGAAUGUGCCAAAGUAUCUCUCGACCCAAAGGAGGCCUCUUGUGAGGAAGGAUAUGCCACCAUGCCUGAGAACUUUUACCCUCACAUCCAUCUGCGACCACAGGAUUGCACCUCCAGCCCAUACACAGACCUCCACAGCAGCUAUGGAAGCUCCUCAUCGACCCCGUUCUCCACGCCACGGCAGCCCCUGCCUCCGCCCCUGUCUUUGCCCCCCUUCUCAGGGACACAGCCGACCAGCCGCAGCCCCCCGACCUCCAAACGUCAGAACUCCACCGGUGAACUUAACUCCUCCUAUGGGGGUAAGGACCCACUGUGGAGCCCCUCGUCCUUGUGUGGAAUGGCUUCGCCCCCUUCAUCCAGAGGCAUGUCACCCAACUUCGAGCUCUCUCACAGUGCAACUCACCUUCCCAGCCGCUUUCAUAGUACUUCAGGAGGGAAAGGAACACCUGCGUCGAGUACGCCAGCCACCUCUUCACCACCUCCCACACUACCGGAUGACUUUCCUAUCGUCUCCUUACCGGCCAACACCGUCCAAUCCAGUCCACCUAGAAAAGAACGGAGGCACGUCGACAGCAGUAAGCCUGCACUGGUGAGACAGGAACCUGUGAAAGACUCUGAAAAACCUGGAGCCACAAACCGAGGUGAUGACGAGAAUAUGUCCAUGACAUUGACGGAGCUGUCGUUUUUCAUGAAGAAACAGGAGUUGGAACUUCAGCUGAGAACAGAAAAAGAAAAAGAAGAGGCGGCCAUCACAGAAGAGCUGCUGAAGAUCACGGAGGACAAGCAGGAGCUGUCAGGCCUGAGGGGUUUUGACUCCCCUUUCUACCGCACCACUGAGACUCUGACGGGCUGCCAGGCACAAGACAAGAACCUCACCAACAGCCAACCUGGAGACACACGCCAUGUUGUGUCUUCCCCAAACAAAGUGGAGAACAUUGCCAGUAGCAGUGUUCUUGAACAAGGAGGGGGAGCGGGAGAGAGCCAGAGUUCAGCCGUUGGCCUGGAACAAUCCUGGCCCUUCUUGUCAGGUUUCACACCCAUCGAUCACCACUUGCACCGCAGCCCUUCUGCCCCGGAGGACGAAGUGGGCAAGUUUGGGAUGUUCUCGCCAAGUCCGUGCAGCAAGACACCUGCCCCGGUGCCGUACGAGGUGUUCUUUGACCUCGCUUUGCCCAGAGCCGCCUCGCUUUACGUGGGCCAGAAGACAUCGGAGGCCGUCAAAAAGGUGGCACUGGAGCGGCUUUCAAGACAGGAAGAGGGGCUGGAGGAUUUGAACGAGGAGGGGGUUGCUAUUACUUCACCACUGGAGGUGCUGGAUCGCCUUGUUCAGCAGGGAAGCGAUACCCAUGAUAAAGUCCUUAAGAGAUUACCUUUGCCAAGUAAAUCAGCUGACUGGACGCACUUUGGAGGUUCGGCUCCGACUGACGAGCUCCAAACACUGCGCAGCCAGCUGCUCCUGUUGCACAACCAGUUGCUGUACGAGCGCUACAAGAGGGAGCAGCACGCCGUCCGCAACCGACGCCUCCUGCGACGCAUCAUCAACGCAACGGCACUGGAAGAGCAGAACAAUGCAAUGAAGGACCAGCUGAACCUGCAGAGUGUGGACAUCACGUCUCUGAGGGAGAGUCUCCAGGUGGAGCAGCAGCGGUACAGGCAGCUGUGGGACGACCGGGAGACGGUGGUGACCCGCCUGCACAGUCAAAUCCGACAGUUGCAGCAGGGGCGAGACGACUACUACACCAAAAACCAAGAGCUCCAGAGCAAGUUAAACGAGUGUCAGAAAAGGAUGGAUGAUUUGGAGGCGGAGCUUCAAGGGGCAAAUAACCGAGUCUGUCACACUGGACACCUGCUCAAACAGAUGACCAUCAAGCUGAGCAACAGUGAAUGCACCCAGCAGCAGAUGAGCUUCCUCAACAAGCAGCUACUGCUCCUCGGGGAGGCACAUAAGCUGUCCAUGCAGGAGCUGCAGCACGUAGGCGGAGAUAACACCAAGAAGCCCACCACCCAAGAGACCCAAAUGCUGCAAGCCUCUUCCAGAAAAGAAAUGGAGUCCCUGAGACAGAGCCUGCUGGUUCAGGGCCAGAAACUUGAGGCGGCACAUCAGAGGGCCGCUGAACUGGAGACGCUCCUCUCCAAGAAGGAGCACCUCAUCGCGGAACAGAAGAAGUUUCUGGAGGAUGUAAAAUGCCAAGCAAAGGUAGAACUUCAAGCCUCAGACAGCAGGUAUCAGGCUCAGAGGAGAAUAACUCAACUCCUCCAGACUGAACUCCUGCAGCUCUACAGCAAAGUAGAGACGGAGGCUCCAGCUAACCGGGCUUCUGUCUCACCACCAGGGGGCAGAGCUGAGCCGCACACAGCUACUGACUCCAGGUUCCUGGUGCCUGACGGACCAAGUAAAAGUUGCACCAAGGAGGAGUCAGACGGUAGACCACCACAUGACUCUCCCUGCGGCAACGGCAGCACUUUAUUAGCAGGGCAACCAAAGGCCAGCAAAUCUUCCAAGAGUUCUGUCAACGGCAGCCAAGAGCCGGACCCCUCCCCCCCCCUGUCCAACACCCACCUCGCACCUCUGCCCGCCUCUGACGCGCCACUCACCGUGGGCUCCUACCCCAGCGCCAAAAGCUUCCUGGGCAUGAGGGCGCGCGAGCUUUUCCGCAACAAAAGCGAGAGCCAGUGUGACGAGGAGCAGCCGCAGGUGUCGCCGCCCUCCGUCGCCGGCCUCGCCCACGGCCUGAAGACCGAGCUGUGCACGGAGUCGCCCUGCCCCGUUUACGUCGCCCGCAUCGGCCCGGCGCCCUCCCUUACUCCCACUCAAGCCCCGACUCCUGUCACCUUUAAGGAUGCUUCUGAGCCCAGGCAGCGGGCCCCCAGUCAGGAAAGCCCCCGUAGGAAGGCCGGAGGAGGAGGAGGAGGCGGAGUCUCGGCGGGGGCGGGACGGCCCAGACAGCAGCAGCUAAAGAUCAUGGACUACAACGAAACUCAUCACGAGCCCAGUUAGAGCCCAGGAGACUGAAGAUUGAGAAGACAACUCUUUGAAAGUCAGUGUUAUUUGUUCCAUUUCUUGGAGUGGACAACAGGAUUUCACUUUUUUUGUUUUUUUCCCCCCCCAGACAAUUAUGUCUGACAAGCGGUUAGGUCCAAUUUUGUUCCGUUCAUACCAAGCACUGCUUUUUUUUCCUUUUUUUUUUUUUUUGCUCCUGCACAAUAAUGGUGAGGGUUUAUAGUGUCAAAUGUGAAGUAAACACCGUACAGGUGUGGCCGCACCUUUAUUUUGGUGACUAUUUACAUUGUAGAUUGUCACAUCAAAACUAUGAAUGGAGUUAUGUACUUAACUGAAAGCAUAUUUUAUAUUCUAGUUUCUUCAAAAUAGCCACACUCUUGGCGUUCUCCGGUUGAGCUUCGAGCACACCUGUGACGUGAAAACCAUGUCAGGUGACUA